UCCCCUAUCUCCAUGCACACCCCAAUGCUUGGACCCUCUUCCAUAUCAAGGGCCUUGGGGCACAGAGAGCUGUUGGGGAACCCAAGAUUUCUUAGAGCUAAACCAUUGACUUCUAAGCGAGAGACUAUGAGGCAGGCAGCACAUCGUCCCAGGCCUCCUUAGGACCCAGAAGAGCAGAGCCGAGACAGACUGGGAGAGUGAAGGGGGCCGGGCAGGCAACCAGCGACACCCCCGCCCCCAACCCAAAACAGAGCCUGGUCUGUGCUAUGGAGAAGAGAUGGAAGCUUAUUCAGAUGGAUGACCAGCUAGAGCCAAAGACACUGAACUACAUACAUGGAAGGGGAUACAUGAACAUUGUCAUGCAGAGACAUUGAUACAUAACAAAUACAAUUAAUGAUAGCGACAUCCACCUACUAAUCCAUACCAACAAGACAGAUACAUACACACAUACACACACACACACACACAAAGACACCCCCUCCCACAUACUCCCCCCCACAUCUCCUGUCACUUAUCUGCACACAGAAAUCUAUGCUUUCAUUUAGUUAAAACUGACUCUGGCCUCCUCACAUUGCCCCCACAGGGACACCCUCUCUUGCUCACAUACGGCGACUGGCGCACACUCACACGCAAACCCCAGCUUCAGUGCUAGCAGCUCGGCUUGUCUUUGUAGGCAGGAAAGCUCUCUUGCUGCCGACCUUGGACGGAGUGUGGUGGAGUGAGCUGGGAGACUGACCGGAGAAGUGAUUCUGGCCCAAAAUGACCCUACGCUGUGUCCUCAUUUGGGGAGGUGAUGCCCCUGGUCUUUGGCCCUGGGAUGCUUCAGCGCCACAGAUGAUCUAGCCCCCCCUUCUCCCCCCAUCAAGGGAGAAAGGGAAGCAAGGAGCAAUGGAACCACAGGCAUUGCCUACCUGGCCUGGCUGGGCCCCGAGCCCAGGGGGUGUGCCAGGGAGCACAGCUCCAAUAUGGGGUGAUGUCCUGGUGGCUUUGGAUGCUGAAGAGCUGGACCCUGGGGAGAACCUAGAGCCUGGGGAAUCUGGGAGCCCUGGACAGAUGGAGGAUGCUCCAUCUGGAGGGGAAGGGGCUGUGUCGCCCAAAACAAACAGCUUCCUGAGUGCCACCCAGUUCUCAGAGAGCCCUGGAUCCAUCAGGAGGAUGCUACAGUGUUGGGAUUCUGAGAACUCCCCUCAGACCUGGUUGGAUUCAGGUUGUGGGGUGAGGCCUAAUAUGGAGCUGCUGAGGGCUCUGGGUGAAAUGCAGCGUCGAUGUGCCAUCCUGAAGGAAGAGAACCAACAGCUGCGAAAGAGCAGUUUCCCUGAGACAGAGGAGAAGGUGAGGAGAUUGAAGAGGAAGAAUGCAGAACUGGCAGUCAUUGCCAAACGUCUAGAAGAGCGGGCCCACAAGCUUCAGGAGGCCAACCUACUCAUGGUGAAUGCUCCCAUGCCCCGUCCAGGUGCCAGCCUGGAGCUGACCAGGAAGGCCCUGGCCAGCCAACGAGCCCGUGACCUCAGUGAGACAGCUAGUGCCCUCUUGGCCAAGGACAAGCAAAUUGCUCACCUGCAGAGAAAGUGUCAGGAACUUCAAGCACGACUCGGCUCUGAGGGCAAGGAGGGCCCAAAGUGGCUGAAUGUGUGGGACUUUGACCGUCUUCUGCGGGAGUCCCAGCAGGAAGUUCUGAGGCUGCAGCGGCAGAUCGCCCUGAGAAAUCUGCAGGAGGUCCCCCCGACAGGAUCUCCCAGCCCCGUGGACACUGCUGUGCUGCCCCCUGCCCCUGGGGCCCCUGGGGAGGCAGUGCCUUUGGGUAUACCUCAGGAUGACGUCGAUAUCCUGCUGGAGGGGGUCUCAUUAGCAGAGCCAGAAAACCAGCAGAGAGUCAAGCAAUUGGAAUUAGAACUUGGCAAGAAGCGGAAGAAAUGGGAGACCCUUGAGCAUGAAGUGAGGAAGAAGCAGAGGCGAUGUGAGGAGUUGGAACUCCAGCUGCGGAAGGCACAGAGUGAGAAUGCCCGCUUGGUGGAGGAGAAUUCUAGGCUCAGUGGAAGAGCCUCGGCAAAGGAGGAGGUAGAAUCUGAGAAUGCAGAGCUGAGGAGCCAGCUCCAGGGGGUGACAGAAGAGAGGGACUCAGCCCUUCGGAAGAGCCAGGGACUCCAGAGCAAGCUGGAGAGCCUAGAGCAGGUGCUGAAGCAUAUGCGAGAGGUGGCCCAGAGGAGGCAGCAGCUGGAAUUGGAGCAUGAGCAGGCCCGGAUAGGUUUGCAGGAGAAGCAAGAAGAGGUCCUGAGGCUGCAGCAGGCCCAAGCCCAGGCCAAGAGAGAACAUGAAGGGGCUGUGCAGCUCUUGGAGUCUACCUUGGAUUCCAUGCAGGCCCGGGUGAGGGAGCUGGAAGAGCAGUGUCGCAGCCAGACAGAACGCUUCAGUCUCUUGGCUCAGGAGCUCCAGGCCUUCCGAAUGCAUCCAGGCCCCUUGGAUCUGCUUAGUUCAACCCUGGGUACCAGCAGCACUGAACUACCUCCUGUUCCUUGCUGCUGCUCCACCCCACAGCCCUUCAGGGGGCCCAGCCCCAAAGAUGCAGACCUCCUGCCCGGUUCUCCCAGGCGUGGUGUCCCAAGAGCUCCAGAUGCAGUUUCUAUCGCUCACUCUGGGGCCCCACGAAGGGCUGCCAAAAAAGCAGAAUCUCUCUCCAACUCUUCCCGCUCUGAAUCUAUUCACAACAGCCCCAAGUCAUGUCCUACGCCAGAGGUAGAUACAGCCAGUGAGGUAGAGGAACUGGAGGCAGACAGCGUGUCCCUACUUCCAGAGACUGAAGGUGUCUUCAGAGGAGCCAAACUCCAGGUUUUCCUAGCUCGUUACAGCUACAACCCCUUUGAAGGUCCCAAUGAGAACCCAGAGGCAGAGCUGCCGCUGACUGCAGGCGAGUACAUCUACAUCUAUGGCAACAUGGAUGAGGAUGGCUUUUUUGAAGGGGAGCUGAUGGACGGCCGUCGGGGCCUGGUCCCCUCCAACUUUGUGGAGCGAGUCUCGGACGACGACCUCAUGUCCUCGGUGCCCCCGGAGCUGAUGGACCUGUCGCACAGCUCGGGCCCGGAGCUCAGCUUCCUGAGCGGGGCCGGGGCCGCCAGCAGCGGGGGUCACAGCAGCGGAGGGGGCAGCCAGGCCAGGCCUGAGGAGGAGAGGAGCGACCUCAGCCCCAGCCCCCUGCUGGAGCCCCCCGCUGUGCCUUAUCCCCGACACCUGGCUGUCCUAAAGCAACUGGCCCACAGCGUGGUGCUGACCUGGGAGCCGCCUUCGGAGGGGGCCGAUGUUCAGGGCUACCACGUCUGUGUGGAUGGGAAGCUGCAUCAGGCCCUGGGCCCAGGGAUGCCCCGGAAAGCUGUGCUGGAGCCCCUCGACCUGCAGGCAGGGUCCUGCUGCGUGGCUGUUCAGGCUCUGACCAGCCAGGGCAGCUCGGACCCCCUGCGCUGCUGUGUCAUGGUAGGGGCGGGGGCUGGGCUGGCCCCCAGCCAGCUGCGGGUCCGCCGGCUGACCGCCACGUCUGCAGAGAUCACCUGGGUGCCCAGCAACAGCAACCUUGCCCAUGCUGUCUACCUCAAUGGGGAGGAGUGCCCGCCUGCGCGCCCGGGCACCUACUGGGGCACCUUCUGCCACCUGCGUCCCGGCACACCCUACCAGGCCAGGGUGGAAGCCCGGCCAGUCUCGCUCGGGCCCUCGGAGCCAAGCUGGGAAAAACUACAAAACCGCGCGGCCGUCAUCCACUUCACCACGUUGGCGGCAGGUCCCCCAGACGCUCCCCUGGAUGUGCAGAUUGAACAGGGCCCCUCUCCAGGGAUCUUGGUCAUUAGCUGGCUGCCAGUGACCAUCGAUGCUGCUGGAUCGUCCAAUGGCGUCCGGGUCACAGGUUAUGCCAUUUAUGCUGAUGGACAGAAGAUUAUGGAGGUUGCCUCCCCAACAGCGGGCAGCGUGCUGGUGGAUCUGUCUCAGCUCCAGCUGCUACGGGUAUGUCGGGAGGUGGUGGUACGCACCAUGUCCCCGCACGGAGAAUCGGUCGAUUCCAUCCCGGCCCAGCUUCCUCCGGCCUUGGCUCUGGCUUGCCCAUCCCCGCCGGCUCUCAGAACGUCUGCCGGCGCCUUGGUGCCUUCCACAAGCCCAGAGGCCAAAUCCCCUCCUUGCCCCGCCUCUCUGGGCCCUGGGGACCCAGGUCCCCUCCCUCAGCACCCUGAUCCUCCUGGGAGCCGAGACGCCACAGGAGACCUCCCCGACAGCCCCUCAAAGACAGCAGAGAGAACCCCCCACGAGGACUCCGCCCAGGACAAGAUGCAGGGGGACACUGGAGCCCUCACAGCAGCAGGGCUGGCCGCUGGAGGCAAGAGAAGCCAGGGCCCAGGGCUCUCUCUGUCGCGGAAGAAGGAGGAGGAAGAGGCAGCAGCGGUGGCUGUGAAGGGACCCGGAGAAAGUCCUGCCCCAGGAGCCCCAGCUGAGAGGAUGCUGGGGCUAGAGCCUGGGCGAGGAGAAAUUGGUCCUGGACCCCGAGCCAGAGUCGAGCAGAGGGAGGAUGCCACUGAGGUUGGAGCCCGCCUGACAAACUCUCUGAUGGACCACGGUCGAAGCUCUGACCUGUCAGACAUCCAAGAGGAAGAGGAGGAGGAGGAGGAGGAGGAAGAGGAGGAGGAGGAGGAGCCAGGUGCAGAGUGUGUCUCUCCCCUCCAACAUGAGCAGACCAUCACCAGGGAGACUGGUGCCAAGCUGGACUCUUGUGAGACAGACAGUGAUGAAGAGAUCCUAGAGCACAUUCUCGAGCUCCCUCUUCAACAGUUUUGCAGCAAGAAGCUCUUUAGCAUCCCUGAAGAGGAAGAAGAUGAGGUAGAAGAAGAGAAGGAAGAGAAAGAGGAGGAAAAGAAGGGGACAGGUGGCUCCUUGACUUGUACCAGCUUGCCAGAACCCCAGGGGGUGGGACUAAAUCGCUCUGGCAACCGCCUCUGGGAGCAGAGAACUCCCCUCUCAACCCCUGACUCUUCCCUUGGAAGAGACCCCCCUGAGGAACUUAUCCCCUGCCAAGCUGGAGGGAGCCCCCUGGGGAGCCGGCGGAGGGGAGGGGGCUCCCCUGAGAAGUUAUCUGCCCGCAAGAGACCACCUGACCUCCGAGAGCAGUGCAGUCGUCUCCUUGGCAGCAGCGGGACCCCGGGGUCUGGAAGGUCUGCUCCUUCUUGGGACAGGGGUGCACCCUCCUCCAGUGAGGGAGUGAAAUGUGGAACAGAGACUGGUGGGAAGGGGUGGCCCGGCUUAUCCCGGAGAUGUUCCAGGGGCCCUGCACCUGACUCAAGCCUUGCCAGCUGUUUUGCCCCAAAGUGCUUGGAGAUCAGUAUCGAAUACGACUCUGAAGAUGAACAGGAAUCUGUGGGCAGUGGCAAUAGCAUCUCCUCUUCCUCCUGCUGCCCUCGAGACGGGGAAGGCCGGGGCACGGGACCAGAAGGUGUCCCCUUAGGAGGGAGGCAUGGGGCACCCGGGGCAAACCCUGCCCCCAGCCACUGCCUUCGCCUCUCUAGCUGUGAGAAAGGGGAGCCGGAAAGGAAAGGCCGAAGUCUGAACUGUCGCGUGAAGGAGCCCUGCCUUCGGACACCAGAGCCUCGAGAGCUCAGGGGCCAGGAUGCUGCUGGACAGAGAGGCCCCCCCAGGAAAGGAAGCCGGCCCUCCAAGCUAGGGGCAGCUGAGCUGGCCUUUCCAAGAAGCCAGGCAAAAGUGAUGUCCCCUCCAAAUGAAUCUGUUCGAAUCUUUGUGGCUCUUUUUGACUAUGACCCUGUGUCCAUGUCACCCAACCCUGAUGCUAUGGAGGAGGAGCUCCCAUUUCGGGAGGGUCAGCUCUUGAAGGUGUGUGGAGAAAAGGAUGCUGAUGGUUUCUAUCGGGGAGAAUGUGGAGGUCGAGUUGGUUAUGUUCCCUGCAAUAUGGUGGCCGAGGUAGCCGUGGGCAGCCCUGCGGUGAAAAGGCAGCUGCUCCAAAGGGGCUACAUCCACCCUGACAGCCCUAAUGAGGGUUUAGGGAAUGGCUCCUUCCCACUACUUGCUCCCCAUCCAGCUGGGCCACCUCCCAAACCCCGGAGGUCCAAGAAAGGCUCCCAUUCUCAGCCAGAAGCCAGGGCUAGCCCCAGCACACCCCGUUCUAUGGUGGCUGCCUUUGAUUAUAACCCUCGAGAGAACUCUCCCAAUGUGGAUGUGGAGGCUGAGCUGUCCUUCAAAGCUGGGGAUGUCAUCACAGUGUUCGGGGCUAUGGAUGAUGAUGGCUUCUACUAUGGAGAGCUGAAUGGUCAAAGGGGCCUUGUCCCAUCCAAUUUUCUGGAGGGCGUAGUCACUGGGGAAGACAAGAGGGUAGCCGGACCACCCAAGGAAAAGGAUUCUGGGGGCCAUACAGCUGAGAACCAGCUCCAGUCUGCCACUGCCCAGGAUCUGACUGGAGCCCUGCCAUGCCCUCCCUGUGAUCUGCGCCCGUCUCAGCCCCGUUCCCUUAGGCUUGGGAGCACCCUUCAGUCAGGGGAAUCCCUGGCUCCGGCCAAGAAGAUGCGGGGCCUCAUCUCCAAAGGAAAGCACCUCCUUCAAAGACUGGGCCAGGGAAAGAAGGAGUGAAUGCAGUUGUUCCUGCGCGGCUGACCAGUCCUCUGUCUCCCCAACUGCACCUUGUCUUUCUCAGAUGCUCCGGAAAGAGCCCACGGGGAGGGGACCCAUGGUGGAGCUGGGCUCUCGGACCUCAAAUUGCUUUCUGAGCAUCAUUGGUGCUGUGAUACCUGGAUGGAAAUUAAUUUUGGCAACCCCCCCCCCACCAUCACUCUAAGCUCCGGGACUCUGGGUCUUUAUGUGUGAGGUGGGGGUGGGAGAAGGAGAAGCUUUUUGGGCUUCCAGUUAACAUCCUUAUGUUCCCCCAGGUUCCAGGUCUUCCUUCCCUUAAGGGAAAAAAGUUUGCACUGACGUCUCCCUGUGGCCCCUCCCUCACACCCACCCCCCGCGGCCCUCUCCGAGGGGGUGUGGGAUCCUUGUAUAUAUGUAUAUAAGCAGCCGUGCCUCGUAGCGACUCUCCAGUUCCAUCUUGCUUCCUCUGCACAGACCCCCGCUUCCCCAGCCCUCCAAGGGGAAAGGUCAUGCCAAAGUGUGUCCCCCACCUCCCCUCCCCCCGAACCAGGCCACCUCAACCCCCUCCCCCACACCUGCCAGUCUUCCCCCCCAGCAGGCAAGGGUUGGGGGUUCGCGGUCAGGGGUUGAGUUUGCCUUAUUUGCAUCACUGGAUUUCUGUACCAUCUCUCACCUCUCCAGGUUUGGGCUUGGGGCUGGGGCAAGGACAGAAUUCUGCACUUAUUUUCAUACAUGCCAUGUUAGCACACAGCAGGGGUCCCAUCCCUGCCGUCCUUCCAACCCCAUAGUGUUCCAUCCCUUCCUCCCUUUGACCCCAGACAGCGAGAUGGGCCCUUCUGCAUGCUUCCUCACGUGUGUUGGGGGCUGGUUGCCCGCCUCCACUACCCCGAGCUGUCCUUGGGUCACAGUAAGGGGUGUGCGCGUGUGUUUGAGUGUGUGUGAGAGAGAAAUUGUUUAAAAAGACAUUUUAUUAUAAUAAAGUCUAUUUUUAUAAAA